CUAGGUGGCUAAUGCUAACGUUAGCUAGGUGGCAAAUGUUAGCUAGGUUAGGGUUUAAGGUUGGGGUAGGGUCAGCUAACAUGCUAAGUAGUUGAAAAGUAGCUAAAAAGUAGUUGCUAAUGGGCUAAAAGUGUUCCGUGAUGAGAUUUGACCAUGCAACAUUUGGGUUGCUAGACGUUUGUGUUAUACACUCACCCAGACCAACGACCCUACUUUCGUGUUUGCCUUAAGCAACCGGUCUUAUGUUACAUUUGGUAUGGUUACAUAUCAUACUAAUGUGUGUGUCCCAGAUUUACAUUUACUAUGUUAGGUCUAGUCUAUGAAACCAGGCUGCCAACCCACCAAAACAGGCUGAAAUUUCAGGUGGUCUUUUCAAAUAGCUCGUACACUGAAAUGGCCAUAUCAUCAAUUUCACCCUCAUAGUUUGGAAAUAUACAUAAAACACAGGUAAUCACGUUUUUGACUGCACUGGGCCUUUAACUUCUGCUGUGACGGUUUUAUAAGGCUAGAUACACUACUCUCUCACUAAUCCGCACACCACCGACCAGCCUAUCAACAUAAUAUACGCCUAUUCGCAGCUCAGUCCUGUAGACUGUUUAAUGAUAAACUAUUGUAGCCGAAUUAAUUGCACCCAAUAAUUUUGUUACUUUUGGGACAGGUCGUCCUUAUUAUAUGAACAAGGUGUUUUCCAAUAGGCCUUUUUUUUACGCAAUACAUACGUAAAUAAUUUGCGUGAAUGGUUUGUGAUUACGAGAAGAUGGCGCACGGCAUAACCACAGCAGCACCAGCUCUUCCUAAACUCUUCAGCUUGGAACUCUCGCGGGGAGAAAAUGACUUCCACAGGAUAGGGAGAAAGGUGAGGUCUGAAAAGGACCAAAUGACCGGAGGCAGGGAGGAAAGUGUCGUCGAAAUACAAUGCAGAGAUAUUCCGAGGGGACAGGACGCCCGCCUCUACUGAACUCGUCAGCUUGGAACUCUCGCGAGGGGACAUUGACUUCCACAGGAAAGGGAGAGCGAUGAGUUCUGAAAAGGACCAAAUGACCGGAGGCAGGGAGAAAAGUGUCGUCGAAAUACAAUGCAGAGAUAUUCCGAGGGGACAGGACGCCGUCUCCGUCAACUCAAAGCAGAAAGAAGAGAAGAAGGAGGUCUUUACUAAGGUAGUAAUAAGGCGACUUCCACCCAACCUGUCCAAGGACCAGCUGGAAGAACAGCUCAGUCCUCUUCCAUCCUAUGACUACUUCGAGUUUUUCCCUGCUGAUCAAAGCCUCUAUCCACACCUGUUCUCCAGAGUUUACAUUAACUUCAGAAACCCCGAAGACAUCCUACUCUUCAGAGACCGCUUUGAUGGCUAUGUUUUCAUUGACAACAAAGGCCAGGAGUACCCAGCUGUGGUAGAGUUUGCCCCCUUUCAGAAAGUCUCCAAGAAGAAGCUCAAAAAGAAAGAUUCCAAAGCUGGAAGCAUUGAAGAAGACCCGGAGUACCGGCGGUUUCUGGAUAACUACUCCUGUGAUGAGGAGAAGUCCAUGGCCAACCCUGAAACCCUGCUGGGAGAGAUAGAGGCCAAGACAAAGAAACUCAUAGCCAAAAGAACAACACCUCUUCUGGAGUACAUCAAGAAUAAGAAACUUGAGAAGCACAGGAUAAGAGAGGAGAAGAGAGAGGAGCGUCGACGCAGGGAGCUGGAGAAGAAACGGCAGAGGGAGGAGGAGAAGAGGAAACGGAGGGAGGAGGAGAGACGCAAACGCAAGGAGGCGGAUAAACAGAAGAAACUAUCGGAGAAGGAGAUCAAGAUCAAGCUCCUGAAGAAGAGUGACCGGGACGAUGAUGUGGACUCUGACAGGCUCAAGGACAAAGGAGACAGUGGGGACACAGAGAGGGCCAAGUGGGACAAACCCAGUGGACACAUGAAGUCAAAGGAAACCAAGGACCAGGGUCAGAUGGAGAGCGAUAAGGAGCAGAGAGAGCACGGCCGCAGGCAGAGAGACAAAGACCACAGAGGAAGAGACGAGGAGAGGAAACGACAGCGCCACCACUACGAGUUCGACAAGUCCAUGCGGUGCAAGGAGGAUACCAAGUGGGGUAAAGGCUACUGCCAGGACCGGGCAAAGAAAGAUGGCCAAUACCACAGCUCCUACUCCUACUGCCCCGACACGUGCGACAAGGUGGGAAAGGAGGUCAGAGAAGACAUUGGCGGUAGCAGGAAGGACCGCGUCCGGAACAAGGUGAGCGACAAGGCCUGUGUUUCUCAGUCUGUGUUAGCCUAUCAGGACAGAAGGACGUCCCAGACAGAGGGGCCACACCAGAUAGGAGGGGCUCUGCCAAACAAGGACCGGCCUGCCAUGCAGCUCUACCAGCCAGGUGCUCACAAUCGCAAGCGCGUGAGCUCUGCGAUGAAAGGUUAUGAGCUUCCCAUGAGCCACUUGCCAGAACACGCGGCGGCAGACUGCUGCUACAAGGCCGUCGCCAUGGAAACGGGCUCGGAAAAGAGCGGAGACGAGUAGUCCAGUCUGUCUGCUCUGAUAAGCCUUUCACAAUAUUUAUGCCUAUGAAUUAUGAAGCUUUUAUGUGCUGCUUGAUUAUAUAAAUGCUUCAAAAUUCACAAAAAGUGACGUUAGCUGAUGAAGAUGGUCUCAUAGAACAAAACGUAUAAGAUCUCCUAAGCCUGUUUUUAACCACCGAACUUAUUUUUUCCGUUUAUCAAAAAAAAAACAUUAACUUCCCCAUAGGCUUUGACCAACAAGCCAUGGCAGAGUUAGUGCCUACAAAAAGACGGCAUUACUAUUGCUCUCUAUUGGGCUGCCAGAUUGUAGGCUUGCGUGUUACUAAACGGCAUGCAUGCGCAAGGCUUUGGGGUUGAUGGAGCUGCACUCGCCGUUGAAAUCAUUUCAACUUUCCGACGCUUCUGUGUCAAACCUUUGCACAAAUAAUUUCAAAAGGAUUUGAAGAUUGGGUCACCCAUGAUUGGGGUAGGAGAGUAACAAAGAUCAAACAUUCCCAAUACAUUAUGGAAAACUUUUCAUCUUGUUCUCCUUUGUUGUAUUCUGUACAUCACAGAGAAGUUUCUCUAGACACGAUUAGAAUGUGUUUUGUCAAGCAGGACAGGACCAAAGCUAAAGGAAGUUGUUUGUUUCUUGCUCGUGUGUUAUUCCCAUGUUGUGUCACCCCUGGGUACAAUAGCGCAAUCAUUUGUAUUUGCAUUUAUUAUGGAUCCCUAUUAAGCAGCUACUCUUCCUGGGGUCCGGCAAAAUUAAGGCAGCUAUACAAUAAAAAAGUACAAUACAUUCAUAACAGAUUUCACAACACACUAAGUGUGUGCCCUCAGGCCCCUACUCCACUACCACAUAUCUACAACACAAAAUCCAUUUGUACGUGUGUGUAUAGUGAGUAUGUUAUCAUGUGUGUGUAUGCAU